UUCAGCUUAGUCAUGGAUUUUUGAAUCAUAAAGAAACAUGGUUCGAUCUUGAGGAACUUAACAUGAGUAGCUCACGGAUUUUUGUUUCUGAUUUUCCGGAUGGAACGAGCAAAACAGAGCUAAUGAUAUACUUCCAAUCGGUGCGAGAAUCUGGAGGUGGAGAUGUCGAAAGCAUCGAAAUUGAUCGUCGAGUGGCCAGGGUCAACUUCGAAGAAGCGCAAGUCGCCGAAAGAGUGUCCAGCCGACCCCAUACUUUUAAGGACUGCACGCUUCACGUUUCUCGCAUGCCACUAAAUCAAGGAAAAUUUUCCAGAUUGGAGGAAAAGAGGAGUGCUUCCCAGGAUGAGUUUGAAUAUCAAGACACUCGUCCAAACAUCAGGCGACAGCGAAAUAGUACCACAGAAGAACCUCCUUCCCCCGAGGAGUCAGCUUCAGCAGCAUCAGCCCAGAGUGGAUCGCCAAUUCCCAAGCAGUGCACAAUUGAAGUAACUGGUUUGCCAGAGGGUGCAUCUGAGGAUUUGGUAACAAACUACUUUGAAAACGCCAGACGUUCUAAAGGGGGUCCUGUGUCUGCGGUGGUCAUGACACCCGAACUUCGGAAGUGUCUGGUCACCUUUGAAUAUCCUGAUGCUGCUGAGAGGACGAUAAAUCAUUCAUCUCACGUUUUGGGCGGAGUAAGUCUUCAAGUCUCGCUGCUUGUAGAGGAGGAUGAAAGUGCCGUCGAUUUCUGUGAAAACGGAGGAGAAGACGAAGACGAAGACUAUGACGAGGAAGAUGGAAUCACCAUUAUUGUCAGCGGCAUCGUGCCUUCUACCUCAGAAGAUACAGUGACUCUCUACUUUGAGAAUUCUAGACGAUCAGGAGGAGGCGAUGUCUCCGAUUUCCAUUUCAACGAAAAAGGGGAAGCGGUGAUAACUUUCUCUGAGGUUAAAGACAUACAGCGCCUUCUUGAGCAGCCUCACAAAAUUGACGGCCAGGUGAUAACAGUUGUCCGCCAGCCUCCUCCCAAAAAAGUGCCUCUUGAUCCGGUUAGAGUUCAUGUUCAAGAAAUCAGUGAAAAUACCACUAAGGACUGCUUGUCCUUUUAUUUGGAGAAAUUUGCGGACGUUGAUGUUGAAGAGGUGUAUCUUGGUUGUAAGAAUAAUGCCUUAGCGUUAUUUGAAAGAGAACCAGACUUUGAAUUACUUUUCCAUAAAGUUAGCAAAGACAAAAAAGGCUUGGACGGAAAGAAACCUCGCCUAGAAAGAGUGCCAGUCUGUUCAUGUAUUCUGGUCUCGGGAUUGAAGAAAGAAACAACUGAUGAUACCGUUGAGCUUUAUUUUGAAAAUAAGAAACGAAGUAAUGGGGGAGACGUCAGAACGGUGGAGAGGAUUAGAAACGACCAGGCCAUUGUUCAUUUUGAGGAUCCUUUGAGUGUCCAGCAAGUCACCAAAAGAAGCCAGGCACGAGCACACACCCUUGAGGGUGUAAAGUUAGAAGUGACCCCCCACUACCCCUUUCUCGAAACCGCAGGUUUCAAAGGAAUGAAAAUGACUUUUGAUCCUGCUAUUUAUCAAUACAUUAAGACUUAUCACGAGAGUGAAUUACUAACGCUAUUCGAGGAGUACAAUUUAGAAGUGGAGUUCUCUGGUGGCUCGGCAGUCAAUAUUUCUCCCACGGAAAGCAAAAGCGACCUUUCAUGGGAAGAAGAAGCAGAGAGGUUUAAGAGUUUCCUGCUGAACUUCAAGAGGUCUGAUGUGCCCGUUCCUUCCGAAAUAUUUGAUGAGGUCUCAAAGCGUUGGCAGGGGCGAUCUCCCUCCCAAGGAAAAACCAAUUGUCUGGUCUCGUUUGAUGAACACAAAAGAUUAGCUAUGAUUAUUGGCAAGAAGGCUGACGUAGAACAGGAGGAACAACAGCUAAAUAAGUUGGUUCAUGAAGUCGAGGAAGAUUCAGAGCUGAUGAAGUCUGUGGUUAGAGUGGUCGAAACAAACUAUCCGAAGUCCAGACUGAUUUUAUUGGAGAUGUCGGGCCUGUGUGAAAAGCUUAGAGAGGAGUACCGACACUUAACCAUCACUGUAGACAGUAAAAAGGAAACGCUGUGCUUCGACGGUCCAAGAAAAAACAUUCACGUGGUAAAACUUGAAGUGAUCACAUUUAUUUCGAGGAUAGUCGAACGAACAACUGAGCUACCGCCCAAAGUCAUAGAUGUUUUGAAACAACACCGUGUUUUAACAUUCAUACAGGACUUGUUGAAACAGAAAUCCAUUCAAGCUGUGAUUCUCUGUGAUGAAGGCCAAAGUCCUAACGAAGUUCAAGUGGUUGGUGUCGAUGUAAGGAACACAAAAGAAGCAGAAUCUAUGCUGCAAAACUGCACCCACGAGAAGAAUAUCUCCCUAACACCUGAGAAUGCCCAAGUGCUCGAAAGCAGUUCAUGGAACAUUUUACAAUCCUCGUUGGUAUCAGAUUUGAAAGUUGGAAUAGAAGUUGACAAGUCUGGAAGGAAUGUGUGGGUCAGAGGCAUUACUAAAGAUGCUGAGGAAUGCUUUCAUACCGUGAAAGAGUUCCUGGACAGAAACACCAUAUUGCAUACUGCAAUUCCAGUCCAAGAAGGAUCUGCAAGAUUCAUUUCCACUGUGUGGAAAGAAAAACUCGACGGAAUUAAAAAUGAACUAUCUGAUUGUUCCAUUGACAUACGAGCAGCUACGGAUUAUAGAGGAAUUGAAAUUUCUGGAACCGCUCAAGGACUAGAAAAGUGCUCGCUGCAAAUUCAAAACCUAGUCAGUGCUGUUCAAAAAGAAAGUAUUCCAGUUGAAAAACCAGGAAUGACCAAAUUUUUCAUGGAAGGCAAAGGGAACGCCUUUCUUAAAGCAGUGGGUGAAAAGAACAAGUGUGUCAUUUUAACCUCUGAAUACACCGAAGACGAAAUGAUGCUUGAGAUUGAAGAUAACGAAGAGAACCUUACCGAAGCUGGAGAAUCUGUUUGCAGUUUUUCCACAAAAGGUGGAAAGCGAAUUUCGGUCAUGAAGGGUGAUAUAACGAAAGAACGUACAGAUGCCAUAGUAAAUGCAGCCAAUGACGAAUUAAGGCACAUUGGAGGCCUUGCAGCAGCAAUUGUAAGAGCAGGCGGAGAAGUGAUUCAAGAUGAAUGCAACAACUAUGUAGCCCAGAACGGCCGUCUCCUCGAAGGACACGUAGUAGUAACUGGUGCCGGAAGAUUACCUUGCAAGCAAGUUAUCCAUGCAGUUGGGCCUAAGUGGGACAGAGAGGCAGAUAAGAAGAAACGUAGUGGCGAAGAAACGAGACAGGAACGUUACUUGAAGCAAGCUAUCACCAAUUCCCUGGAAGAGGCAAAACAGCAAAAAUCAAUGUCGAUUCCAGCCGUCAGUUCUGGGGUGUUUGGCUUUCCACGUGACCUUUGCGCCAAAGUCAUCUUGGAUGCAGUACUCGAAUUCUGCGACGAAAACCCGCACUCUAAUUUGUCUGAGAUUCACCUAAUUAACAACGAUGUUCAGACUGUGGAGGCUUUUCACAAUGAGUUCAAAAAUAGAUUUGCUGGAGAGUCAAGUUUCGGCGACCAUAAAGGUAACAGAGCCUCAGUUGCCAUUUCCGACGUAAAUCUUAGAGGAGCAAGUAUGACGAAAAAGCUGCCAACUACGAAAACCUUUACAACAGGGGGCAUUCGUAUUACAGUGAAAAGUGGGGAUCUUUCUAAAGAACAGGCCGACAUUUUGGUGGGAACAGCAGCACCAAAUCUCGAUUUGUCACAAAAUCCUUGUGCAAGGUCCCUUAGUCAGGCUGCUGGGCCUGUCUUACAACAAGAAUGCACUAGUCUUGGGAAUGUGAGCGUUGGCGAAAUUGCUGUAAACAAUCAAUCAGGAAAUCUCCGCUGCAAGGCAGUCAUUUUCGCUAUUUGUUCCAAUUGGGAAAAUGGAAGAGGAAAAAAGGUUUUGAAAAAAUUAAUUUCAAAAUGCCUUAUGGAAACCGCCAGACGUGGAUUGACCUCGAUUGCUUUUGCAGCCAUCGGUACAGGUACUCUUCAGUUUCCCCGCAAAGAAGUUGCCGAGAUUUUCUUUGACGAAGUGGUAUCAUACGAGCAAAAUAAUACUACAACAACAAUCAAAGAGAUAAGAUUCGUUCUCUAUGAUCAAGAUCGCCCCACAGUGCAAGCUUUCGAAAACGAAUUAGAUAGAAGAAAGAAAAGCAACACCCCACAGCUGCCGCAAUUGCGAACUCAGCAUGAGGGGACCCCCCAAGCAUCAUCAAUUCAGAGAGUGGGCUUUACACCACUGCGUGAACGGCGCCAAGAUCAUUUUGAAACAACUAUUGGAGCAUUGUGUUUAAAAGUUCAACCUGGUGACAUCACAAAAGAGACGACUGAUGCUAUCGUGCUCAUAUCGAAUGCGCAAUUGGCCAUGCAUGGUGGAAUAGCAAAGGUAAUUCUUUCAGCAGCAGGUGACUCCAUUCAGAGGGAAUGUAACGCAAGAGGCGCACAAAAACCUGGCUCCGUUGUUGUUACAGAUGCAGGCAAAUUGAAGGCAAAUUUCGUGUUCCACAUUGUGCCUCCUGCUACAAUUACAGGUAUGAAAAGCAUCAGAGGAUCGAUUAUGAAGUGUCUUCAAGAGGCUGAAAAGAGAGGCAUAUCAUCCAUUUCAUUCCCAGCAAUCGGAACCGGUGCCUUUGGUCUUUCCCCUAAGAUAUGUGCCGAAGCAAUGUUGUCAGCGAUUCGCGACUUUCAUGACCAGCAGCCUGCUUCCUUACACUUGAUCAAGAUGAUCCUUUUUGAAGAGGAAACGAUAAGAGAUUUUCGAUUGGCGUUACAAGAAGCCUCCGGAGAGACACCUGCUGAAAAGCCCGGAUUCUUUCAGCGAACUUUCAUAAAGGUAGGAGAGUACUUUGGUUUCAGCAAGGAUCAAGAUAAGAACAACACAUCCUCGAAAAUGCCUCAAAAAGAUUAUAGCAAAAAGAUCCAGCUCAUUGUUUUCGCUGCUUGCAAAGAAGAUAUUAGAGAAGCAAUUGAGGAAAUCAACGGCAUUACAAAAGAAAACUCGAAAAAGAAAGUGGUGGAGGACAAUGCAAUCACUAAAUUUUCCAAAGAACAUUUUCGAAGAAUACACACCCUUGAACAAAGAUACGAUGUGGAGGUAUCCGUGGAGAAAUCCGUCGGACGCAUAAUAGCGCAUGGGCAAUCAGACGAUCUUCUUGAAGUUGUUGGAGAGAUACACAAGAUUCUGCAACAUAUUACGAAAGAAGAACACAAGCGCAAGCGUGCAGAGGCGCUAGCAAAGGAUAUCGAAUGGAUGUUUGACGAUGGAAACCAAAUGGUGGCUUUCGACAACGAGAUAAACAUGCAGAUUGAAAUUGCUCACCAAGAUCAGAAGAGCAUCGUGACCAUCGAAUCUGAGGAUGGAGAUUUAAAAUUUAACCUCAAAACAAUGAUGAUGAAAGAUCCGUACGGCGAUACCUCCAAGAUAGAGAGAGUUGAUCUGCGUAAAGGCGUAGAGCCACCGAGUAGUUGGAUUCCCCAACCAAAAGAUCCACAGGGUAUUGAACAGACAGUACAUCUGGUUCAGUUGGACCCUAAUCAACAUUUACAGGAGUACCAAGAUGUCCAGGGAAGAUUCCAGCAAACAUGCCCAAAUCAAAUUGAGAAGAUAGAGCGGGUACAAAAUCCAGUCCUCUACGGAACGUACAUGAUCCACAAACGGAAAAUGGACUUGGGAAAAGGUAGCAACGAACAGCGACUCUUCCAUGGAACUCCGGGCCAAAAUUGCCAACUAAUUAAUACAACGAGUUUCAACAGAAAUUUCCGUGGCAGAAAUGCAACUGUCUAUGGAAAUGGUGUGUACUUUGCUAAAGAUGCCUCAUACUCAGCCCGGCCAAGCUAUUCGCCGCCAGAUGGGAAUGGAUGGCGCUACAUGUAUCUCACCAGAGUCUUGGUGGGUGAAUACACAGUGGGAAGGCAAGGCCUUCUCACUCCUCCUCCAAAGGACCCUAAUUAUCCUACGGUACUUUACGACAGCGUCGUAGAUCAGAUGGCUGGUCCUACAAUCUUUGUGGUCUUCUACGACUGGCAAUGCUAUCCCGAAUACUUAAUCACCUUCCGCUGACCACAGAAUCUCUUAAAAGUAAAAUAAGGAGUAUUAUGAUCGAAGACUAUUUUAGUAAUAAUUCCGACAAGUAUCUCCUUUUAUUGUGUGAGAUGACCGUUCAUUUCAUGAAUCGUACUCGGAUAAGCCAACCUCACAACGGUGAUAUCAUAUCAACUCAGCUAUGGAGUUUUAAAUCUUAAGCCCGUUGCUUAUACUUUCGAUAAGUAUCUUGGAAGUGAGGUUUUUUGGGAUUUCACACGAUUGGGUUUUUCAGUAACCUGGCCUUCCUUUAAUGUAUGACUAGAAAUAUGUUUUUGGGUAAGGAAACGAGUUGAAAGAUUUGAGGAGGGAGGCCAACUUUUAUUUUUUUGGGGGGCGAACUAACGUGGCAAAGCGAGCUCUCAAUGGUGCGAAACCCCCAAAUAACAUUUAACUGAUUCGCAUUUAAGGACUGAAAGUUUCUAAAGAAACUGUGGUGUUUCGUCGGUGGGGGUAACAAAGUAAUUUGGUUAUAUCUACUAAGUUGA